CUGGAGAAAGGUGGACGCGUGAAUGAUCUCCCCUCCGGGAUGGAGCCCGGCAAACCUCGGGGGCGCGCUGGGUGCACUCCGAGCGAGGAGGGGUGUGGACCACCCUUGGAUUCUGGCGCCCGGAAUCCCACGCUGGCGGGGACCGACAGGGUCCAAUCAGCAACAAGUGGGAACUUGAGAUCGCAGAAGGGAGAGAAUUUGGAUUGCCAGUCCUGGGUCAGAGAGAAAGUGCUCUUUCUUCUGCAUCCGGAGAGGUGGUUGGGGACACAGGCGAACUCUGCUUGUGCAGGGCUUGUGGACAGCGAGAACUUUUCCCCGACGAUUGGAGACCACCGCGAUUCUGAACCGAAACCGAAGCUUUCCCGCAGGCGCAUUGCCACAGCCCCGGGAGGCCAUCCGGAGGACCCAGAAACCACACCCAGGUCCGUGUUGGUGCGGGUCGUGGAUUACCAGGUGACGCAAGAGGUGCUGUGGACCGCAUGGACCAAGGGAAGUAUGACCACGAGGACCGAGGAGCGCUCUGUGACCGCAGUCACCUUUCGGACACAGAGGGAAUGACACAGCUUGUGGGGCACCGGAGUCCCAGCCAAACCCCGAUCGCCCCAAGGACCUGGUGCUCGAAGGAAAUUCAACACACAGAUCUCUGGAGCCUGAGAAAUGUUCCAGGACAGUGGUUGCGGGAAAAUGCUUGAAGAACAAAUUUUAAGCAGCCUGCAACGUCCUCUGUGGCUUAAGUACCUCACAGUGGAUAAAGAGGAGAAAAGGUGAAGAACAGUUUCAUUUCGUGUGCCAGAAGAACACCUGAACUUGUGCUCAGUUCCAAGGAAUCUCUUCAAAGACUGGAUCUUGACUCUAUGACUUAACUUCCACCUCACAGAAAAACAAGUUCAUUUAAAAUUGUGUUUGUUAGAUAAAUUAUAUCAAAGACUCCCAGAGGCCCAUCUGGGGAUGUUACGACUGGGACAAAUGUCCAACUCACAUAACUACCAUGGAUCAGGCAAAUGUCUACCUCCUUUUUAUUAAUAUGCACUUUUUAAAUUAUUUGAGGCAAUGUCCCACUGGAUAGCUUAGACUUGCUUUGGAUUUUGGUGUCUAGCCUGUGAUGAUUGACCUUGAGAUCUUUCAAUGUCAGCCUCUCACAUUUAGAGAUGACAGUACGUGCUGAAUGUCUGACCACCACCUCUCUUUAAUCCCUUUAUUCACACAUAUUAUUACCUGUGAUGUUUGAUACAUUUGACCUGCUGUUGUAUUGAGGGGCCAUACCAGUUGUUUCUAUUAAAACUCACUGUGAUUUUUUUCUAAGAUUUUUUUUUUUUAAUUUUAAAUUUAUUUUGUGCACAAGUGUUUGCCUGUAUGGGUAUAUGUACACAAUGUGUGCCAUCUGCCCACAAAGAACAGAACAAGGUAUUAGAAUUCCUUAAAUAGGAGUAGAGGUGGUUGUGAGCUUCCCUAAGGGUGCUAGAAAUUAAACUUGGUCCCUCAGUAAGUAUAGCCAGUGUUCUUAACCACUAAGCUAUUUGUACAACCCUAAUGUUAGGGUCUAAAAUUUGCUGAAGAAAGAGCCCAGAUUCAGAUAUAUGCAAAAACAAAGAGUGUUUAUUCUUCAGAAAGAUCCAAUAUGGGGGGAAUCAACCAUUCUCCAAAAUGGCCACACCAGAAAAAGGCACAAAAGUCUUCUUAUAGGGAAUCAGGGGAAACUCUUUAGAAGGAUUAGGUAAUCUAAAAUUUCAUUAGUGGGUGCUAAGGGGUCACAUGUUGUCAGUGGUCUGCGUUCUUAUUUCAUGAAAAUUUAACCAUGUAAUGAAAUGGGACUGCCCAGGGCAGAUGGCCCAUUCUGAGAUAAGAUAUUUCCCCAUUUUUGUGGUUAUCUUCACGAUGUUCUUCAGAGGGGGUUUUAUGAUCUUCUUCUAGAUUCUAUGAUCUAUCCCUGGAGCUGAUAUCUUAUGGCCUAGUUUCUGGGACUUAGGUCUAUUCCAGGAGUGGUGCCAUACAGUCUUUUUUCAGAUUCGAGCCUGGUCCUUAAAUGGAUACAAAUGGGGUUUAUGCUUCACUUUCACUGAAAGUGACUCUUAAAAGAAUAAAGAAUAAGCUUUAUUUGCAAAAUAAAAUGUUAGGGCCUGGUGUGGUGGCAUCAUCCUUUAAUUAUAGCAAUUUAGAGGUCUAGAGAUAGGAGGAUCUUUGUGAGUCUAAGACCAGCAGGCAUACAUAGUGAAGCAAAAGAAAAGAAAAUGAAGAAGGAAAGAAAGAAAGGGAGGGGAAGAAGAAAUAAGGGAAGGAAUUAGAAAAUCAAAGAAAUAUGAAUGAAAUAUUAUGAAAUUAAUAAUGAUAGAUUAAAGGACAACAAAAAUUCUACCAUGAUCCCAAAUAUUUUAAUAGUAUUUCUUCUGUAUUAUUUUAUUUUUGUGUGUUUGGCUAUGUUGUCACAAAAUAUACAGUUCUCACAUCAAAGGAAAUAAAAUAUUGUUCAUCC